AUGGCGAGCCCUACUAAUGAUGCAAAAGUGGCGACUAAGAUGUUCAGCUCCAUCAUCUUUCCGAGAUUUGGAGUGCCUCGGGUGGUAAUUAGCGAUGGUGGAACACACUUCAUCAACAAGGCAUUUCAGGGCCUCUUGAAGAAGAAUGGAGUAAAGCACAAGGUGGCAACUGCUUAUCAUCCACAGACGAGUGGACAGGUUGAGGCCUACAGAACAGCCUACAAAACGCCUAUAGGGACCACCCCCUAUCACCUGGUAUAUGGUAAGGCAUGUCACCUCCCUGUCGAGCUCGAAUACAAGGCUGCAUGGGCAGUCAAGCUACUGAAUUUUGACAUCAAGCCAGCAACCGAGAGACGCAUGAUCCAAAUCCAUGAGCUGGAGGAGAUAAGGCACGUCGCCUAUGAAAGCUCCAAAAUUUACAAGGAGAAGACCAAGGCCUACCAUGACAAGCAAAUUAUUGCGAGACAUUUCGAACCCAACGAUAAGGUCUUGCUUUUCAAUUCGAGGCUGAGAUUGUUCCCAGGAAAGUUGAAGUCUAGGUGGUCGGGGCCCUUCACUGUAAAGGAAGUUCGACCCUACGGAGCUGUUUUGUUACUGGACAGAAAAGGAGACGAGUUCGUAGUGAACGGACAGCGCGUCAAGCAUUACCUUGCUGACUCCACCAUCGAAGAGGGAGAAGAGAUUCCCCUAAGUGAUCCCCCAUCAGCCUAA